AUGGCGACUCGACGCUCAGCCCGGUUGAGUGCGCAACCUGAUAUCAAGGUUCCGCCUCCUCCGGUUAUUCCUCUGCCCAAGCAAAGCCGAAAAAGGAAAUCACACACAAGGCCAACUGAGCCAGAGGCCGGAUCUGUCCCUGUCACACCCCCGAGAAAACGGGGUUCAAAGGCGACGGCUCCCGUUACUCCCGUGCUUCCACCGCCGACUACACCUACUCCGAGCGCCGUGGGCAUCAUUGCCGAACGGGCCAAUGGCACUGCGAAGCCAAAAUCCAGAGCAGUCAACCGUUUGGCCGAUCCAAGGGCUACUAACGCUCCUGUCAUCUCGCCAGAGACAUCACGAAUACUUGCCUCUGACCCCGUCGAGGGAUCGUCGCCCUCCAAGGUCACCAACAACGAUGUCGCAAGCGGUAUCUUGGGGGCCAGGACACAGACGACAACUGCGAACAUUCUCGAGGAAGCAUGCCGCCAUCUUAUCCAAGUUGAUCCACGCAUGAAGCCGCUUAUCGAAAAGAACCACUGCCGGGUGUUCUCUCCCGAGGGACUUGCUGAGAAGAUUGAUCCCUUUGAGAGUCUCUGUAGCGGUAUCAUCUCCCAGCAGGUCUCCGGAGCCGCGGCAAAGUCCAUCAAAAACAAGUUCAUUGGUCUCUUCACGGAGGUUGACGACGAGUCCAAGAGGAAGUUUCCUCACCCCUCAGAGGUGGCCGCAACCCCCAUCGACCGUCUGCGCACUGCCGGUCUAUCGCAACGAAAGGCCGAGUAUGUUAAAGGGCUUGCCGAGAAGUUUGCGAGUGGAGAGCUGAGCGCAAAGAUGCUCGCUGAGGCGCCCUAUGAAGAGGUUCGUGACAAGCUCAUCGCGGUUCGGGGCUUGGGACUGUGGUCCGUCGAGAUGUUCGCCUGCUUCGGACUGAAGAGGAUGGACGUCUUCUCGCUGGGUGACCUCGGCGUACAGAGGGGCAUGGCGGCGUUUGUCGGACGUGACGUGGCGAAGCUCAAGGCCAAGGGCGGCAAGUGGAAAUACAUGUCAGAAAAGGAGAUGGCCGAGAUCGCGAGCAAGUUCACGCCGUAUCGCAGCGUCUUUAUGUGGUAUAUGUGGCGGGUGGAGGAAACCGACGUAAGCACCAUGGAGUAG